CGAAUCUGAAUUGAUUAGUACAUCAAAGAAAACAAUCACCACGAAAACUACUGAAAAUGAUGCAAAUCAAGUUCCUGUUCACCUUCCUCGCUCUGCUGAUGAUGGUCAUCCUGGGCGCCAAGGAAGCCGAUGCCGACUGCCUUUCCGGAAGGUACAGAGGUCCCUGUGCCGUCUGGGACAACGAGACAUGCAGGCGGGUUUGCCGAGAGGAGGGACGAGGACGAGUGAGUGGUCACUGCAGUGCCAGGCUGCAAUGCUGGUGCGAAGGAUGCUGAAUUUCUACCGAAAUUGGACAACUUCUAUAGACCCAGAAUGAUUAUGUAUCAAUCAUAAAAUUCAAUUCCCUAAACAUUCACAAUUAUUUAAAAUAAAAUCAAGUCAAGAACC